AUGAACACUGCGCCUCAGGACUGGGCAAUAGAUACAGGCUCGGCAAUGGUGUCUAUUGGUACCCAUUGCCUGUAUACUUCAAUCAGUGGACCUCCUCGCACGUCCCAAAAUCCCAUCGUCGUGGUUCUUGCCGGCGCCGGAGACGUCGCGUCCUCCUACACAGCCCUCUCACCCCUCGUAGCUCUAUUCUCUCGGAUCCUGCUCUACGAUCGGUCCGGACUCGGUCGCAGUGAACCCAAACCGAGCUUACCAGGAUCUACAAAUCCCACAACUGCUACGGCCGUUACAGCCGCCGAGGAACUACACAGCCUUCUCAUAGCGACAAACUUGCGCUCACCGUUGGUUCUAGUCGCCCACUCGUACGGCGCUAUCGUUGCGCGCGAGUAUCUACAUCUGUACAAUGACGACGUUGCCGGGAUCGUAUUCGCGGAUGGCUCCACCGAGCGACAAUGUGACUAUUUUGAGCUUCCAGAUACCAAUAUCAAUGCAGUGCUGGGGGAUCUCAAAGUGGCGCAGGUUACGGGUCUACGAAUGGACUCGAAACUUUCAAGAGAUGAAUGGAGAGAUCGAGCCAUCGAUAUUGCGCGCGGCGCAGCCGCAGCACAGAUUGAAGUUGAUUCGUAUGUGGGCGUUUGCCAUACACUCGCGGAGAAAAAGCAGUUUCAGAACCGGGUGAUGGGGAGUCGACCAGUAAGUGUGAUUCGCUGUAAUGGCGCUAGGGACUUUGAGCGAAUCUAUGAGAAGGGUGUUGAGGCAGGGAAUGGGACGCCACAGCAGCAACGAGCUUUCCGGGAUCUCCUGGAUCGAUGGGAGGCAAUAGACCGGGAGCUGAAGGAGGAACAGCUCCAACUUUCCUCGACAACAAAUCUAGUGCAUUUGCCGGAUUGCGGACAUAACGUGCAUUUGAUACGGCCGGAUAUAGUUGCUGACGAGAUUCGGUGGGUAUUGGAUCAGCUCCGGAGUCCGCGGGGCGAUGCGUUGAAACUUUGA